UUUCUUGGAAUAAGAUGAAGUUUAGGCUUAGUAUAUGUGCUGCCACAUGAGUGUGUGUGGGACAGCUGGAUGUGCAGCCCUGUUAUCUAUAUGAAGGGACAAGACAGCUACAAGGAGGAGGCACUGCUAGGAAUUACACAACAGCACAGAGGCAGGCGAGAUCAGAAGAGGGAGAGGAGACAGAUAGUGCAGACUAGGGAAGCUUGUUUUCUCUAUUAAAGAACACUAAGAGGGUAUUACAUCCUGCACGUGUAUUUGUGAUUCUUUGUUGGUAUGUAUUGGUGACACUGAGUAUCAGUGAGUGUGUGAGGUCUGUACUACUGGUAGGUGCUACACUUUGAGCAUUCAUUUAUCGUCGCUCUCCUGUAUUGCUGUAUUACUGCCAAAUCAGUGCAAUACAGUGCAAACUGUCACUUCUAUUUAUUGUACAAGUAAACCAGCAUAAUGGAUAUGGAAUACAAGCCAAUCCCUCUGCGCUGUCUGCUCAUGACUCUCAGUAUGGGGGUGCUGUUGAUUCUUCUCUGCGCUGGACCUGCCUGCACCCACAAAAACAGAGGAUCCAAAUUUCAAGAGGCCCCAGGCACAGAGCUACCCUUUCAAGAUACCCCUGCGCCAACAUCCCCAUAUCCAUAUCACACAACAUUAAAGCAAUCGACCCAAAUGGUUCCAGUGUUAAAGCGUCCUUAUUGGGAUCCAAGAGAAGCCUGGCUCCUGCUUUUGAGAAAAGAUCGAGUAGAUCGCAUCAAGAAGAAAGGACAUAAAGACCACCAUCAUCAUCAUCGCCCGGGCCCUAUAGGACCCCCGGCACCUCCACAACAUCAUAAUCACCUGUCAAAUGCAGUUCCACAUGAAAAAAUAUUGCAUGUUUUCAUACAAAUGUUGAAAGAUAUUCUGAAAAGCAAGAAUGGGAAGAAUACCCCAGGACACGGGAAUCAUUUAAUGGUAAACGCGGCUUUCACCUGCAUGACGGAUCAGGACGCCAGCGUGGAACCUGGAAACCAGAUAGAAUUACAGCUUUACCAUCAGCCAAACAUCGAGGGAUCAUUCAACAUAGGUGAUGGGUUCAAUCUGACCAGCGGACGAUACACAGCUCCGAUUAGUGGCCUUUAUACCUUCAGUGCAAGGCUAAAGAUUGUGCAGGAAACUAAGAAGAACACCCAUGGAUUUUUUCAAGUCCAACUUUGUAUCCAGUCCCUAUGCCAGAAGAACCUAUCCCUGCAAAAAAUCAGCAGUCUGAGUCUAACUGGUCCUCACACAAUCAGUUUGAAUGGAGUCUUACACUUACAGGCAGGACAAUAUGUGUCACUUUUCCUGGAGAACCAUAUGGAAUAUUGGCUUGUGGUGGAAAAAGGAUCCGAUUUCAGUGGUGUGCUGCUACAUCGUGGUCCGCAAUAAAAUCUUUUGAGCGAAGAAACUGUAUUCCUCUGACCAAACAAGAUUUUCUUCUACGUCUUC